AUGAAGGCCAACGUCCCCACGCUUUUCUCCAACGUCAAGGUGGCCACGCGCGUCAUCGAGUACGCUGCCGCCAAGUCCAGCGUGCUGCCCGAGCCGCUGCUCGAGUACCAUGCGCAGAUCCUCCAGCUCGAGCGGGCCAACUUGACCAUCUCGACCUACCAGGCCCAAGCCCUGAGCUUCCUGGCCCAGUUGGCCGGUGCACGCCGCGUCCUCGAGAUUGGCGUGUUCCGCGGCUUUUCGUCCAUGGUCUGGUCGCAUGCCGUCGGACCGAGUGGCAAGGUGACGGGUCUGGAGUUCGUCCCGGAGUACGCCGAGGCCGCUCGCAAGGGCUUUGCCCAGGUCGGCAUCGAGAAUGCCGAAGUCAUUGUCGGCGAUGCCAUUGAGACACUCGACGCCCUCGACCCCGAGGAACCGUACGACCUCAUAUUCAUCGACGCCCAGAAGUCGGGCUACCCAACCUACCUGCAGACGAUCCUCAAAAAGUCGGCCCCGGGUGCGGCCCGCCGUCUCCUUCGGCCCGGCGGCCUGAUUGUCGCCGACAACGUCCUGCGCCGCGGCCUGGUGGCCGACGAGAGCGACGACAACCCCGAGGUCGCCGUGGAGGCGGAGCUGAUGAAAGAAGUCGGCGGCUACCGCACCACCAAGGACCUGGACGCCCUGCGCGAGUUCAACACGGCGCUGGCCGAGGACAGGCGCAUUGACACCUGGCUGGUGCCACUGUACGAUGGUGUCGGCUUGGGCCGUCUGCUGGACUAG